AUGGAUAAAUUAAGCAAAUUGAACUCGCAUGAAGCGAGGUACGGGCGUCGUCUUCUAAUUAACACCAUCGACGAUAUUGCUUCCUUGGAUCCUUCUCGUCCUUUUCUUUUUAUACCAUGCUCGUCUGAACCCAAAGAUGGUUGGAAGCCGGUCACGUACCUGGAGAUAUGCAAUGCCAUCAACUAUGUAGCUCAUGAAAUUACCAUGAAGGCAAAAGAGGAGCCACAGGAAGAGUCUUUCCCAACUCUAGCAUAUAUUGGGCCAAAUGACGUCCGCUACUUCAUCAUUAUGCUAGCUUGUAUAAAAGCCGGACACAAAGCGCUCUUCAUCUCCCCCCGAAAUAGUCUGGAGGGACAAAUGCGGCUCUUCGAAGCGACAAACUGCAAUAUCCUCUUCCACGCGGAGUCAUCUCAGGCGCUUGUCGAGCCAUGGCUGAAGGCACGCCCAAUGCGAACCUCUGUCGUCUCAAGCGCCGAUGCUUGGCUGCAGGCUCCUGCAGAUUCGUUUCCAUACGAACGGGAAUUCGAUGAGGCUCAGUGGGAUCCGAUGGUAGUCCUCCACACCAGUGGCACAACUGGUUUCCCAAAGCCCAUCAUUAUCCGGCAGGGAGUAUUCAGCAUCGGGGACGCGUUCCAAGAUAUGCCAGCGUAUCAGGGAAGCAAGUUUUUAUUUUCGGAAUGGGUUAGCCGGAGCCGGAGGAUAUUCACCCCCAUGCCCUUAUUCCAUAUGGUUGGAAAUGUGAUUAAUUUACUAUUUACGGUUUUCUACGGAGCACAGAUGGCCUUGGGAAUUCCGGGAAGAUUACUCACCGCAGAAUCAGUCGCGGAGGCAAUCGCUUAUGCGGAAGUCGAUGCUGUUAUUCUACCACCUUCUAUAGUUGAGGAUUUAAGUUUGAAUGAAGAAUGGAUGGAGCAACUGACUAAGCUUGCCUGGGUGGGAUUUGGAGGUGGAAAACUUAAGCCCGCCACUGGUGAUAAACUAGUGAAGCGGGGUAUACCUAUCGCCAACUUCAUUGGAAGCACUGAGUUUGCGCCGUAUCCGUUAUAUCGCCAACCGAAUCCUGAGCUCUGGCAAUAUUUUGUUUUCGAUCAUGAGCUUGUCGGUGCAGAGUGGCGUCCUGUAACAUGGGAGAAGGACAUCUACGAGCUUGUCGUACGCCGCAAAGACCGCAAAGACCCAGGUCUUCAAGCUCCAUUCUACACCUUUCCUGAUUUUUCCGAAUGGUCGACUGGAGAGCUGUACAAACCUCACCCUACACUCCCACUCAACUGGUGUUAUCACGGUCGGGUAGAUGAUGUCAUCGUCUUCUCCAAUGGCGAAAAGCUCAACCCAACAACAAUGGAAGAGACCGUUGCAGGCCAUCCCGCUAUUAGAGCCGCCUUGGUCGUUGGACAAGAUAGGUUUCAACCCGCUUUAAUUCUGGAACCAGUCAUCCCGAUAAAGGACCAAGCUGAGGCAGAGGUACUUAUCGACUCCAUCUGGCCCUUAGUUAAGGCUGCCAAUCGAGAAACGGUCCAACAAGGCCAAAUAGUUCCACGGCUCAUUGCACUCUCCGACCCAGACAAGCCAUUCCAUCGCACUCCGAAAGGAACCGUACAGCGCUAUGCAACAGGACUAGCCUACAAAGAUUAUAUUGAUCUGAUUUACCAACGCGGCACUCUUGGGGGUCCAACAGAGAACAUCUCUCUUGACUUUGCUAGCGAAGAGUCAUUGAGCCAAUCUAUCAUCAAUUUACUAUCAUCCAAAUUUGGAUUGCAGAAUAUUGACCAUGAUACGGACUUUUUCAGCAUUGGAAUUGAUUCACUCCAAGUCCUUAACAUGUCCAGCUUCCUUCGGUCAGGCUUUGUGACCGCGAGUGUACAUGUCGACUCCGAAAAACUGGCCCCCCGGGCUAUCUAUCGCAACCAGACGCCUAAGCUUCUGGCUGCGUAUCUUCUUUCAACAAUCAUGAUAAAAGAUCAGGAGACUGGUCAGGAUAUACCAUCACAAGAGAACAAAGCCGCAGAGGAGUUCGUAAUAAAGUAUACAAAAAACCUUCCAUCACCAAAUACAGACCGGCCAGAUCCCUUAGAGGAGGGCCAGACGAUCCUCUUGACAGGCUCAACCGGGUCGCUUGGUUCUUAUCUUCUCGAACGUCUGUGCGCUUUACCACGCGUCAAGAAGAUAGUUGUCUUCAACCGCAGUCUUGACGGUGGCCGGUCGCGCCAAUCGUCGGCCUAUGCUGCUCGUGGCCUCUACGCCGAUUUCUCCAAAGUCGAAUUCUGCAAAACAGACUUGUCAAGCCCGGGCCUUGGCCUCAGCUCAGCAAAGUAUAACGAGCUCUUAGCCUCAGCCGACCGUAUUAUUCACAGCGCGUGGCCUGUAAAUUUCAACCUCAGUGUCGCGUCAUUUGAGCCCUCCAUUCGUGGUGUCAGAAACCUGGUUGAUUUUGCCGGUGCUACUACGAAGCGAGUGCCCAUUGUGUUUGUUUCGAGUGUCAGCGCCUCUUCGGGUUGGGCAGAACCAGUGCCAGUCCCAGAAAAACGGCUGGACGAUAUGAAGUUGGCACAGCCUGGAUAUGGGCAGUCCAAGCUCGCCGCAAGCCUGAUUCUUGAUGCCGCAGCUGAGCAUUCCGCGAUACCGACGGCCUCGGUACGGCUGGGCCAGGUUGCUGGGCCAAGGAGUCGAAUGGGCGAGUGGAAUCGGCAAGAAUACCUCCCAAGCUUGAUUGCCAGCUCAGUCUACUUAGGGUUCUUACCGAAGGACCUCGGAAAUGCAGACUUGGUUGAUUGGAUGCCUGUGGAAGACGUCGCGGGGAUUAUUCUAGAUGUUGCUGGCGUGACAACCACAGUACCGUUGUCUGAUAUCUCGGGCUACUUUCACGCGGUAAACCCGGUUGCUACUCCCUGGUCUAAACUAGUCGCCAUGUUGAAAGAAUACUACGAUAGCCGGAUUAAGGGGCUGGUGGGCCUUGACGAGUGGGUGGCUAAGUUGGAAAACAGCGCCAGUGAGACAAUCGAUGUGGCUAGAAACCCGGCUCUGAAGCUUGUUGAUACAUACAAGCUCAUCGUCAAGGGGCAACGUCCCCCUGAUUUUGAGACGGACAGGAUAGCUGCGAGAAGUCCGACCAUGGAGAAACUAGGCCCUAUAACAUCAGACCUUAUGUGGAAUUGGUGUGACCAGUGGGCUUUCUGA